AUAAAACACGAACACAUUCCGAAAAAUUUCGAAAAUCUCAGUACGGUACAUUCGUUCCCGCCAAGAUCCUGCGACCAGUGACGUCAAGUGAGUAGUAGGGCGAAUUCAAAACGCGAAACCACCAAACUGACUGUAUCGAGUAUAAUAUCACAGGAUACCACGUUAUCACACGAUACCACGUUUACUUUCUCGGGGAAAUUUUCACUACGCCGCUGUCAAAUGGAGGGACUGCUGUGAAACGUGAACACAGAAUACACGAUCGUUCGUCCAGUCCAGUUCCAGCGCGCUUUGCUACUUAGUGAUUUGGUAUUUGGGUUCAUUCGUAGUUCGCAGAACUGAAGGUUUUCGGUGUGUAGGUUUUUCACAUUAUUCCAAGUACACCAAAAAAUGGCAACGAACAGGGCGACCAAAAGUGGAUUCGCAGCGGAAGCUCAACGAAAGGUGAACGCGAAAUACAACGAAGACUUGGCUAGAGAAUGCCUGGAAUGGAUUGUGGCGAUCACCGACGAACCAAUAAAUGUCGCUGGCGACAUGGACAACUUCUACGAGGUUCUCAAAGACGGAACGUUACUCUGCAGAUUGGUUAACAAGCUACAACCCGAUAUGGUUAAGAAAAUUAACGUAACAACGAUGGCAUUCAAAUGUAUGGAGAAUAUCAACGCUUUCUUGGAGGCUGCCAAACAAUUGGGCGUUCCUCCUCAAGAAACGUUCCAGACAGUCGAUCUUUGGGAAAGGCAGAAUUUGAAUUCAGUUGUAAUAUGUCUACAGUCACUAGGGAGGAAGGCCAAUAAAUAUGGGCAACCCCAAAUUGGACCAAAAGAAGCCGCAAAGAAUGAAAGAAUAUUCUCCGAGGAAACUCUCAAGGCUGGACAAACCAUAAUUGGUCUUCAAAUGGGAAGCAACAAAGGCGCGAACCAAUCUGGAAUCAACUUCGGAAACACAAGACAUAUGUAAACUUUCAUCGAUUAUUAUUAUUGUUAUACGAAAACCGACGUUACCAGUCAAAUGCAGCGAAUUGGUUGUGCUAGAUAGUUUCUCUCAAGACGAGUCAGACGCACAUAAAUCAUCCAUCAUUUCUUGUUUGAGCUCUCUACUAAUUUUU